CCCUUCUUGUCUUCCUUUUCGUCGUUCAAGUCAAUGGGGUCAACAUCCAUGGCGGCCAUCUUUCUCGGUGAUCGGUGCUUGUGAGUAAGCGCGACCGCGAGGGGAAAUUGGCGGGUCACGUUUCUGAAUAAAUUGAAUGGAUGCCCUCACAGACCAAGACCGUGCGGCCGCGUUUCUCCAGUCGUUCAGAGAAAAGUGCAAUGAAAUUUUGAAGGACUUGGAGGGUCCGACCGAUGUCCGCUCGAAGAUCUCUCAACUCAGAAAACACCUAGUACAAGCUAUUCCAUUUCUACCACCAUACGACCGGCGACAAUGUGAGAUUCAAGUGAGCGACCUUGAGAAGCGGGUGACCGAGCGUCGCUCAUCUGAAACUUCGAAGUCUCGCUUUGCGUUCAAGCGAACGGCUGUGGCGAGCAAGCUUUCUCCAGAAGACAUCGUAGGAGCAGGGGAGGUCCCAACUCCAAUUCCGCAGAUGGCUGAAGUGAUGCCCAUGAACACAUUGCAAAUGACCAUUUCUGAACGCACGAAUGAGAUUAUUACCCUUCAUUCUCUAUAUUCCCUCGGCCUUCGAGAGGAUCGGGGAAGGCCAACGUCUUUGCUUAUUUCACACAUCGAUUCUUGCAUCAUCAAUUUACUCCCUCGCGCUUCAACCAACGUGGAGCCGGCUCCGGAGUCACUCCCCAUCACGAUCGUGCAUGUUCGCAAUAUAAGGCGAACAGUUCUUAUCCUCCCCAAAAUUUCCGGCAGCGUAUUGCUCCACGACUGCCAUGACAGUCUUGUAGUCAUCGAUUGCCAGCAGAUGCGAAUGCAUACAUCAUCGAAUACGGUCAUUCUGUUAUAUGUUCCAACAAUACCAGUGAUCGAGCACUGUUCAGAUUUGCGAGUUGGUCCCUAUCCAGCAUCAUUACCCACAUCAGCUUCUGAUAGCAAGCACCACGAGCUCCAAGAUUUCAACUGGAUAAAGGAAGGACCAUCUCCGAAUUGGAGUCCAUUAGACCAUUCACCUAUUGAAUUCCAAUGGGACGUAUCAACGCAGGAUUGGAAGUUGGUGCCUUCAGGAGGAGAGUCUGAGAUGGAUAGAUCUGCUGUCUUGAGAGCUGUAUCGACAGUCGAGUAACAUAAAGCCUGCUGUAGACAUGGAUGCCGCACCCCUAGGCAUUCGUGGUUGUGAGUACGAUAUAAAUAAAUAAACAAAAACAUCUAUGGACCCUAGUGUUGCUUAGCGUGUUUUUUAACAUCUACCCGUAGAUUUUAC